UCGGAACUUAUUAUUACAUCUUGACAUAAAUAAAUUAACUUUUUACAGAAGCGAAUUCACUUUUAUGACUUAUAACGAAUGCAUUCUCUCCUUGGCAAAAUUAAACUUUACGCUACCUACGCGAUAGGCAAGUGAAGUUAUAGUUCAUCACAAUUAACGCAACUCAAAUUGUUUCUUACGAGUUGGUAGAGAAAAUAUGUGAACAACUAUUGGAAGCAAGAAGGAACAUAGUGUGCAUGUAAGCCAACUCAAAGUCUUUUGGCAAACAUUUUGUAACGCAUUUGGAUGUUUUUUGCCAACAUUAUUAUAGCGCUCGCCUUUUGGUAUAAAAGUGCCAUUAACAGCAAAAGAAAAGCAGUUAGUAAAAUGAAGCUUUUGGUAGUUCUGUUUCUAAGCGCCAUCGUUGUAGCUUCUUCUAUAAAGAAACGUCCAGACUUAUGCUAUUUGACACAUUCGGCAAACACUAAGGAUCAAAGUUUGUGUACUAGCGGAGGCCAAAACCUUUGGUCUUUUGUCUCAAAGGCAAACUCCUGCGUAGAAUUUUAUUAUUACGGUUGCUAUGGAAACGAUAACCGCUUUUUCACGAAGACGCAAUGCGAGGAAGUAUGUCAGGAUAAAGAAGGCUUCAGUUUAUUGAAUAUAGGAGCAAGUUUUGGCUAA